AUGACGGACCGAACACAAGACAAGACUCAAGGCGCCGUUGGCGAUGCCAAGGGUAUCUUGAAGGGUAUCAAGGGCGCAGGCGACGCGAUCCGCGGCACGGUCAAUGAAUCCAUCGACACAGCCUUCAAUGACCGAGAAGGAGAAGUCAAGAAUAAGGCUAUCAAGGAGAAAGGACAGGCAGACGUGCUGCGUGCUGAUGAACAAGUUGGUGCGGUUGCCCUCAGCCUGCUGCGCCUACAAUAUCAGCAAUCGUACUGA